GGAAACCUGGGACUUCAGUGCUGAAGAAUAAUGUGAUUAACUGCAUCUUUAAUUAUCUUUUUAAUCUCUAUCAUUCUCUAUUUUUCCAGAUUACGGGUCAUUACCUCCUUCCGAUCCAAGUACAUGUGAUACACAAAUUACGUAGAGGGCUUUAAAUUCAAGCUUGAAGGACAUGUGGCUUAUUUGAUAGAAAAUAAUCUGACCUGGAGAAUAAAGACGAGAUCUAUGAGAAAGGGUCAAGACUUUAAGAACUCAGAUUUGAAGACCACUCAAAUUUAAGGAUGAAAAUGUCAAAAGUCGAGAGUAACAUCAGCCAGGAUGAAGAAGACAGUGGAUCAAGCACUAGGAUACAUCGUAAAACAAUAUCAACUCUUGUAUCUAACCUGAAAUACACAAAGAAGAUUAGGCGCAAAAAAAGGCAACAUUUCCAUCAGUCUCUCGAGGAAAAGGAAAAUAUUUCCUCAUGGAUUUCAGAAAACAUUAAAAAGAAAGAAUGUACAUAUUAUCUGGAAAGCACACAUAUGUCUGAUACAAGAAAAAGUGUGUGCAUGUGUGGCUACGCUAGAGACCAACACAUUGAUGCAGCAAUGAAACAGCAACCUUUCCAAAGCAAAACAGGAUGGGACGUAAAAGAACACACCAAAGAGAUGCCCACGGAUGCAUUUGGAGAUAUCAGCUUCAUUGGGCUUGGUCCAAGAGUAGGGAAGCAGUAUGUUCGAGUAUCAUCAGAUACACCAUCCUAUGUUUUAUACCAGCUAAUGACUGAACAUUGGGGCCUGGAGGUUCCCAAUCUCCUAAUAUCAGUAACAGGAGGAGCCAAGAACUUCCACAUGAAGAUGAGAUUAAAAAACAUCUUCCGCAGGGGCUUAGUGAAAGCUGCACAAACAACAGGAGCCUGGAUAAUAACUGGGGGUUCACAUGCUGGUGUUAUGAAACAAGUUGGUGAAGCAGUCAGAGACUUCUGUAUGGGCAGCAGCAACAAAGAUAAUGAUAUUGUCACAAUUGGCAUAGCUACGUGGGGAAUUGUUCACAAUCGUAAAAGCUUGAUUUCCACCACUGGGGCAUUUCCAGCAGAAUAUCAGUUGGAUGAAGAGAACCAGGGAAACCAGUCUUGCUUAGAUAAUAAUCAUUCACACUUCAUUCUUGUGGAUGAUGGAACAAAUGGAAGGUACGGUGUUGAAAUAUUACUAAGAGCCAAACUGGAAAAGUUUAUUUCCGAGCAAACUAAAGAGAAAGGAGGAGUAGCAAUCAAGAUCCCAAUUGUUUGUUUGGUUCUGGAAGGAGGACCUGGCACACUUGAUACAAUUUACAAUGCAAUUAGUAACAACACUCCCUGUGUUAUUGUGGAAGGAUCGGGUCGAGUGGCUGAUGUGAUUGCACAAGUUGCUGAGCUACCUAUUUCAAAAAUUACAAUAUCUCUUGUCCAAGAGAAGCUGCGUACUCUCUUCUUUGAUACUUUUGACACUUUUACUGAACGCAAGAUUGUUGAAUGGACCAAAAAGAUUCAGGAUAUCAUGAGAAACAAACAAUUGUUAACAAUCUUCAGAGAGGACAAGGAUGAUCAACAAGACAUUGAUGUGGCUAUUCUUCAAGCCUUGCUUAAGGCAUCUCUCAGUCAUGACCAGCAAGGUCAUGAGAAUUGGGAUCAUCAGUUGAAGCUGGCAGUUGCUUGGAACAGGGUUGACAUUGCUAGAAGUGAGAUUUUUACAGAUGAUCAUCAGUGGAAGCCUUCCGAUCUUCACCCAGUCAUGACAGCGGCAUUAAUUGGCAAUAAGCCUGACUUUGUAAAGCUUUUUUUGGAACAAGGAGUACGUUUAGAGGAGUAUGCCACUCAAGACACAUUAAUUAAUCUCUAUAACAACUUAGACCCAUCGUGUUUGUUCCAUAGCAAGCUUGCCAAAGUUAUUGAAGAUGAACGGUUUCGUUUACAAGCAAUGAGAUCUUCAAAAAUGCACCUCCAUCAUGUGUCACAAGUGUUGAAAGAACUAUUGGGUGACUUUACAAAACAUCUGUAUCCAAAGCCAAAAAACACAGAACGAACUCGGCUGUCUAUUGCAGUUCCACACAUAAAAAUAAAUGUACAAGGGGUUACACUCCGAACUUUCCACAAGCGUUCUCAAGGUAGUGCAUCAUGCACUAUGGAUCCAGUCAGAGAUCUUUUUAUUUGGGCCAUUGUUCAAAACAGGAAGGAAUUAGCAGAAAUUAUAUGGGUUCAGUGUCGUGAUUGCAUCGCAGCUGCAUUGGGUUGCAGUAAAAUUCUAAAAGAACUAUCAAAAGAGGAAGAAGACACAGACACCUCCGAAGAGAUGCUGUCCAUGGCUGAAGAAUACGAACAUAGAGCUAUAGGUGUGUUUGCUGAGUGUUACAGGAAAGAUGAUGAACGAGCACUGAAACUCCUAAUUCGUGUUUCUGAAGCAUGGGGAAAAACAACUUGUUUAAAAUUAGCUUUGGAAGCUAAAAAUAUGAAAUUUGUAUCACAUGGAGGUGUACAGGCAUUUCUCACCAGAGUUUGGUUUGGGGAGAUAUGUGUUGACAACGGACUAUGGAGGAUAAUCCUUUGUAUGCUUUGCUUCCCUCUUCUCUACAGCCGUUUCAUAACAUUCAGGACUCUGACAAAUAUACCAUGUGGUGUAAUGAAUAUGAAAAGUAUGACCAUCACUGAGCGUUUCAAAGCUUUCUUCAUGGCUCCAAUUGUUAUCUUCCACUUAAAUAUCCUGUCAUACUUUGUCUUCCUCUUGCUUUUUGCCUAUGUACUCAUGAUAGACUUUCAACCGGUUCCUUCUUGGAGGGAACAUGUCAUCUAUUUCUGGCUAUUUUCCCUUGUUUGUGAGGAAAUAAGACAGCUGAUAUAUGACCCUGAUGGAUUUGGACUUUUGAGACAGGCUUCAUUGUACAUCACCGAUUUCUGGAAUAAGUUGGAUAUCUGCGCUAUUUUUAUCUUUAUUGCUGGUUUGACAUGCAGAUUAUUUUCAGCAACAUUUUAUCCUGGAAGGAUCAUUCUUUCAUUAGACUUUGUAAUUUUCUGCUUACGACUCAUGCACAUUUUUACCAUCAGCAAAACACUUGGACCAAAAAUCAUAAUUGUUAAGAGAAUGAUGAAGGAUGUUUUCUUUUUUCUAUUCCUUUUGGCUGUGUGGGUUGUGUCUUUUGGUGUUGCCAAACAAGCUAUACUGAUACAUAAUGAGAUGCGAGUGGAUUGGAUUUUCCGUGGAGUUGUAUACCACUCAUAUAUGACAUUAUUUGGACAGAUUCCAUCCUACAUUGAUGGAGUGAAUUUCAGUCUUGAUCAGUGUACUGUAAAUGGAACUGAUCCAAACAAGCAGAAGUGUCCAGAAUCAAAUAAAGAGAAUCAACAACCAAUUUUUCCACAGUGGCUGACAGUGCUUUUGCUUUGUCUAUACUUGCUGUUUACGAACAUUCUUCUACUCAAUCUCCUGAUUGCUAUGUUUAACUACACAUUUCAACAGGUGCAAGAACACACUGAUCAGAUCUGGAAAUUCCAAAGACAUUACUUAAUUGAAGAGUAUCAUGGGCGACCUCCAGCACCCCCACCAUUCAUUCUUUUAAACCACCUGCAUCAAUUCAUCAAAACUGUCAUUCUGCGUGAGCCUGCAGGAAGACAGAGGCAACUUAAGGAAAAGCUAGAAAAGAAUGAAGAGGCUGCUAUCCUCUCCUGGGAAACAUAUCUAAAAGAAAAUUAUGUGCAGAACCUUCAGCACCAGCUCAAGCAAAGCACAGAGCAGAAAAUCAGAGACACAUCUGAAAAAAUCAAUUCAGUGGUGAAUUUGUUGGAGUUGGAUCAAGUAAAACGUACUGGAUCCAUGGAAAGCCGACUGGUUUUCUUAGAAGAACAGACAUUGAAAUCUGCGAGAGCUUUGAACUGGAUUAUUAACACACUCCUGGAAAAUGGAUUUGGUUCCAAGGAUUCUGCUCCCGUGAUUGUGUCUGCAAAACUGAUUGGAGAUAUGGAUGUGACAGAUAAAGAUGAGUGUCCUCAUUCUCAGUGUCAUGUAAAUGCCAGGAAUAUAUAUUACCCAGACUCUAAUAUUAUUCGUUUUCCAGUUCCUGAUGAAAAGGUGCCGUGGAAGGUGGAAUUUAGUAUUUACAAUCCUCCCUUCUAUACAGCUGUUAGAAGAAAUAAACCUUCUUAUGACCCUUAUACAAACUCUCUGGAAUCACUUUUAAAAAUCAAAUAUAACAUCAUGGAUGGAUGCAUUAAUCGUCAAAGCUAUUGUGAUACAUAUGUGGUAGAAGAUGGACUGCCAUUGAAUCCAAUUGGUCGUACUGGACUGAAAGGGAGAGGAAGUUUGUCCUGGUUUGGACCAAACCAUGCUAUGCACUUCAUAAUAACACAGUGGCGGAGAAAUAAAGAUGGGUCAAUUGGUAGAAAAAGGGCAAAGAAAAUGCUUGAAAUUCUAGCCAUGAAACAGAGCUCCUCAGAGCAUUGGGCACUUCCUGGGGGUUCACUGCAACCUGGAGAAACACUUCCACAUAAACUGAAGCGAAUUUUAAAGAGCGAAUUCAUUGAAAAGUUCAACGAAUUAUUGAAAGGAAGUUCUGAAGUUUAUAAAGGCUAUGUGGAUGACCCUAGGAAUACAGACAAUGCUUGGAUAGAAACAUCUGCAGUUAGUUUGCAUUUUGAAAGUCAAGAUGACCCAGAGCUACAACAACUAAACCAAAAUAUACAAAGCAAUGAUCCAGACAUAUGUAUCCGGUGGCAAGUUGUGGACCAGCAAAUUCCUCUUUAUGCAAACCACAAAGACAUUCUCCAGAAGGCAGUAGAUUGUCAUCAUGCAUAUUAUUAAAACAGUUGUAUGUC